AUGUCAUCACGAAGAGGUCGAGAUUAUCCUGAUGAUGAUGAUCGAGAUCGUCGAUCAUCUAAACGUCCUCGUUCAAGUCGUGUCGACGAAAGUUCAUCUGAAUCAUAUCAACGUCGAUCAUAUUCAUCAUCUAGCGUAGAAGAAAAACCUUCGACUUCUUCAAGUCAACCCAUUAGAUUUACUGAAUUCACCUCGAGUUCUGUAGUACCGAAAUCUUCAAUAGACACAGAAAUUGAUGCAAAAAAGCGUUCACAUUCGUUUGUUCGUCCACUACUACGUUCAGCUGUACCAGAUUCUCAAAUAAUAACACUGGCACGAAGACCAGCGUUACCUGGACGUGCUGGUCAGCGAUUUGAAAUUUAUACAAAUCAUUUAAAGAUUGAAUUUUCCAAUGCGACUGAAUCAUUAAUACUUUAUCAAUUCGAUGUAGAUGUUGAAAUAUUAAUGCGUGAUGGUUCAUGGCGUUCAUGUAAAAAAGAUGAACGUUUUCAGGUUAUGAAAACAAUUAUCGAACGAGAAGAAUUUCCACUUGUUUGGUAUGAUCAAGGGAAAAGUUUAUAUUCAACUCAAAAUUUAACCUUAACAUUAAAAAAAGAAUAUGAAUGUGAAAUAGUCCAUAAAAAAACAAAUCGAACAAAUCGUUUUCGAUUUUUACUUAUUAAUCUUGUCAAAACUUAUGAUUUAAAAAUAAUUUUCGAUUUCAUUCAAAAGAAAAUGCCUAAUCGUCCACAUGAUCCUGUAAGAAUUCUAGAAAUUUUAUUUAAACAAACCCAAAGAGCUGAUAUGAUUACAAUAAAAAAUCAAUCAUAUCCAAAAAAUCAAAAAUUAGAUGAUCUAGGUGAUGGUCGUGGUUUAGCUGCAGGAUUUUAUCAAGCAAUCGUACUUGGUGAAUGUGGUCCAACAUUGAAUAUUAAUAAUAAUUUUUGUUGCUUUUAUCAAAAUGAUAAUUUAGUUCAAUUCAUUUCCUGUUAUUUAGGCCAAGAUAUUAGAAAAAAUGGUAUCUCACCAAACGAUCAAUCGUUCUUAGUACGUAAAAUCUUAAAAACUAUUUGGUUUGUAACAACACAUACCAAUCAAGUUCGAAAAUAUCGUUUAAAAUCAUUUGGUCGUUCAUCAAAUGAGCAUAGAUUUUCUCAAGAUCAUGGUGAAAAUCAAGGCGAGCAAAUCAAUGUUACUGAUUACUUUCGAGAAAAGUGGAAAAUUCGUUUACGUUAUCCACAAUUACCUGUUGUUGAGCUGUUUAAUCCAGUGGAUAAAAAUAAAUCACAUUUUUUACCAAUGGAAUUAGUUACUGUCGAUGAAUGGCAGCGAAGUUUGAAACCAUUAACAACUGAACAACGAGCAAAAGUAACAAAAAAAACUGUUGUUAAACCGGGCGAACGUUUUGGAAUGAUUCGGCGCGUUAUUGACGAAUGUCGGUUUGAUCAAGAUUCUUAUUUACAAAAAUUUGGUAUCAAAGUUCAUUCUAACGAUAUGUUGAAGAUACCGGCAAGAAUUUUAACGCCACCUGACAUAAAAUAUAAAUCAACAAAAGACGAUCAACGCGAUAUUAUUGAAAAAGUACAAAUUGGUAAAUGGUAUUUAAAUAAUCAAUUUAAUAAAACACGUGAAAUACGUAUCUGGGCUCUUGUGCUUGUCAGUCAAAAAGAACCUGACGCACGACAAGUCGGGUUAGCUAGAGAUUUUGCAAGUAAAAUUCCAAAGGCAAUGUCGAGAUAUGGUGUUCGAUUUAAUUCAGCAGCUAUUGAAAAAUCCGAUGCUGCUGUACCCGACACUAUUUUAGCUCGGAUGAAUGAGCUUAAAAUGUUAGGAUGUGAAGUUAUCAUUUAUAUUCUCAAUCAAGUUGGUGAGGAUAUAUAUCAUGUGAUUAAAUAUUUUGGAAAUGUUAAACUUGGUAUGGUUACUCAAUGUACACGUUUCGACAAACUUUUUGCCAAUAGUGAACCACGUAAAAUGGAUAUGUAUAUUCAAAAUUUGGUACAAAAAUUUAAUGCAAAAUUGGGCGGUAUAAACCAACUGGUUUCGUUGAUGCGUGCAUUAACCUCUUCAUCGCCUCGUACAGAUAUUUUUAUGUUUUUUGGUAUCGAUUGCACUCGUACAACAUGUUCACGUGAACAGCCAUCAAUAGCUGCUAUUAUUGGAUCAAAAGAUUCAACAAGUACACAAUAUGCUGGCCGUGUUGUUCAGCAAUAUUGCCCAAAAGGAAAAAUAUCAGUAGAGAUAAUAAAGGAUCUUCAUAUUUAUGUUCGAGAAUUAUUACAUGAAUUUUCUCAUCAUAAUACUCAUCUACCAAAUAAACUUGUCUUUUAUCGUGCCGGUGUUGAUGAUGGAUCUUUUCAAAAAGUACUUGAUAAUGAAGUGCGAGCAAUUCAACGAGCAUGUAAAGAACUUUAUGGUUACAAUGAAUUACCAAAAAUUUGUUUUACAAUUGUUAAAAAACAUCAUAAUACUCGGUUUUUUACUUGGGAUAAACAAUCAAAUCAAACACAUAAUAUUCAACCAGGCACAGUUAUUGACACAGAUAUUAUUUCACCGAAUGGAUUUGAUUUUUAUCUUAAUUCUCAUGCAGCAAUUCAGGGCACAUCCAGACCAAUGCUUUAUCAUGUUUUAUAUGAUGAUAUUGGUUUUACACCAGAUGAAAUUCAACAGUUAACAUAUUAUUUAUGCCAUACGGAUGUUCGAUGUACGAAAUCUGUGUCUGUUCCAGCACCAGUUCAUUAUGCGACACUUUGCGUAUCUCGUGGCCUAAACCUUGAUUAUGAAGGACAAAUGUCUAAUGAACCGCGUAGUUUUUCUAUUUCCGAUGUGGGUGAAGAAUUAUUAGAUGAAAAUGUUGUUGUUACAUUAGAUGAUGUUCAAACAAUAAAAAUUAAUUUCAAUCCAUCAAUUGAGAAUACAAUGUGGUUUGCAUAA